UGCAAACAUGCAAUAAACACCCAUGGCCUCACUUUUUCUCCUCUUCCUCAAUCUCAUGCUCAACAAUUUUGCUGCUACUAAUUCUCUCUCCUCAUCAUCUUCUCUCUCAUGCCACAACCACACAUUCUCAUCCAACAGAGUGUUCACCUCCUGCACUCACCUCCCCUCUCUAGAAGCCCACCUGCACUGGAACUACUCCCCAUCUCUCGCUCGAGUCUCCAUAGCCUACAGGGCUAAGCAAGUCCCCAAGGGAUGGAUCGCGUGGGCCAUCAACCCCACCAGCUCCGGCAUGGUUGGCUCACAAGCCUUGGUAGCUUUCCGGACUUCCAAUGGCACCAUGAGGGUUUACACGACCGCCAUAGCCAGCUACAACCCCUCUAUGCUCCCUGCCCAGAUCAGUCUACCUGUCUCAAACAUAUCCGCAGAAUAUGUAGGAAAUGAGAUGAUAAUAUAUGCCGCAGUUGGCCUCCUGCUAAAUGGAAGCGUUGUCAAUCAUGUUUGGCAGGCUGGAGCCUCUGUUUCCAGCAACAUUCCUCAGAUUCAUUCCACGUCACCGCCUCAUCUUCAGUCUAUGGGGACUAUCAACUUCCUAUCACAGAUUUACUGCCUAAAAAAUAAAACAAGGAAUAGAGAAAGAGAGAGAACAUGA